AAUCAGGUUGCACUGAAGUAAAACUUUGCUGCUGUGAAUAGAGCUUGUUAACAUGAAACUCCCUGGAAUUGUCUGCAUCCAGGAGUGCUAUGGAGCAGUUUUCAACAUGGAGGAGAAGUUGUUACACGUGUCUGGUAACAGAAGACAGUAUUUCACUGACAGGAAACUGAUAUUGAGUGGGGUAGCAACACCCUGGCGCCAAACCUCCAACUCUAAAGUGAAGAGAAAUGCUGGAGAUGGGAAAAGUAUGAGAGCAGUGGUGACAGGAGGUGGAGGCUAUUUUGGAUACAAGCUAGGAUGUGCUCUUGCCAGUGCAGGAGCUUCUGUUGUGCUGUACGACAUACACAAGCCUAUCUGGGAAGUUCCCAGUGGAGUAGUGUGUAUCCAGGCAGAUGUCAGGGAUUAUGAUGCCUUAUUUGCAGCCUGUGAAGGGGCUGACUGUGUGUUUCAUGUAGCUUCAUAUGGAAUGUCAGGAAGAGAGCAAUUACACAGAGAAGAAAUUGAAACUAUAAAUGUUCAUGGAACAAGAUUCAUCCUAGAUGUCUGCAAACAGAGGAACAUCACCAGACUGAUAUAUACCAGUACAGUGAAUGUGGUUUUUGGAGGGCUUCCCAUUGAGGAUGGUGAUGAGGAAACUGUGCCAUAUUUCCCAAUUGAAAAGCAUGUUGAUCAUUAUUCCAGAACCAAAUCAAUCGCAGAACAAAUGGUCCUAGCAGCUAAUGGAACUCCUCUAGCAGGAGGUGGAAUACUCUAUACAUGUGUUCUUCGCCCACCAGGGAUCUAUGGGCCAGAAGAGCAAAGACACUUGCCAAGGCUAGCAAAGAAUAUUGAGAGAGGGCUACUUAGCUUCAAGUUUGGGGAUCCUUCUGCUAAAAUGAACUGGGUGCAUGCAGAGAAUCUUGUACAAGCUCAAAUUCUAGCUGCUGAAGCUCUCACCCCUGAGAAGAACUACAUAGCUAGUGGCCAGGUGUAUUUCAUUAAUGAUGGCGAAAAAUUCAACCUUUUUGAAUGGUUAACUCCACUUUUUGAAAGAUUAGGUUGCAGUAAACCAUGGAUACGUAUUCCUACUUCCUUAGUUUAUGUAUCAGCCAUGAUAAUGGAAUACCUUCAUCUGAUGCUGAAACCUUUUGUUGAGCUGUCCCCACUGCUGACCAGAAAUGAGGUACAGAACAUUUCCAUAACUCACACGUUUCGAAUAGACAAGGCACGGAGUCAGCUGGGGUACAGCCCAGAGAAGUUUGCAUUUGCUGAUUCCGUGGACCAUUACAUUAAAACAAGACCAGAAGCCCAGAAUCAUCACGUCUUCCUCAAAGUUUUGCUUUCUUUAAUUGUUACUUUAAGUUUGAUCUUUGUUUCUUUAAGAUUUGAUGGCCUUUCAGUUUUGCACUUUUUUAAAGAAACACAACACUGA